AUGCCAGGAGAUGAGUCCAUCAAUUAUACAUCCCCUUACGCUGGAGGAAACUUUUCAUGUAUCACGGGCGACGAUGCUCCUACUUUGCAAUAUGACAAAUUCACCUACCAGAACUUAGGUGCCUUGCAAAGGAAAUUAGGAGGACCUGAAUGUGGAUUGGACCGUUUCCCCUCCAGUGAGUACUGGGAUGAACAGCCUUCUCAAGCAAAAAUUUCUUCCUUGAAAUCCUACUUGAGUGACUAUCAAGAAGUGCCCUCUGCUCAAUUGCCUCAUGGGGUAGCUUUUGGAAUCAAAUUCACUACGUGGAACUUCAACUGUCCAAAAUUCUUGAAAGCACUCCAACAGUAUUUGAAACGUCAGGGUGUCAAUUUCGAGAAGCGAAAGAUUACCCAUGUGUCCCAGGCUUUUGCUCAUGGAACCAAGGUCGUGUUCAAUUGCACCGGUAUUGGUGCAAGGAAACUAGGAGGUGUUGAAGACACAAACGUGUAUCCUACUCGUGGCCAAGUCGUUGUGGUUAAAGCACCCCACAUUAAAGAAAACGCGAUGAGGUGGGGAGCGGACUAUGCGACAUACAUCAUUAAACGGCCUUAUUCACAUGACCAGUUAAUUCUUGGGGGCUUUCUUCAAAAGGACGAUUGGACUGCAGAUACUUUACAAGACCAGACGGAUGAUAUCUUGCAAAGAACAACCAAGUUGUUACCUAAGAUUUUGGCUGCUAAUCCAGGAGGUCCAAACUUUUCUGACUUGGAGAUUCUUCGUGUUGCAGCAGGCUUGCGCCCAAGCAGACAUGGUGGCGCCAGAAUCGAAAAAACAGUUUCAGAAGGUAAAGUGCUCGUGCACAAUUAUGGAGCUAGUGGCUACGGUUAUCAGGCUGGUUUAGGUAUGGCAGCGAAGGCUGUAGGCUUAGCUCUUGGUAGAUCGAAGCUAUAA